AUGAGCAUGAGCAUGAGCAUCUUCACCCUCAUCCUCCGGCUUGCCGUCUGCCUGUGUGCGCUGCUGGUAAGCGCAGCUCUGGCAAACACCGAGAAGGCCAUCUUCCUCGCCCCGGAGGCCAUCACCCUGCCAGACGCCUCUCCCAGCCUGCACGCCCUGCAGCUCGACACCAUCUCUCCCAUCUCCGCCCAACUGCGGACGGCACUGCCCGUGGCAUUUCCAAGCGACACCAACCCGAAGGGCCUCGAGUCUUGGUAUCUGCUGCGGCAGUUGAACGCACGACAACGAUACGAAGUGCGCAUCUGCUGGGCUGCAGUUGUAUGUCUCCUACGCAUCUCCGCGCCAGGCAGCAAGCUUCGCCUCGUCCCUUUCCCCACGGCUAACCUGGUAGUAGCAACCCACGCAAUUCUGGAUCGACGUCUACAACAUCACACAUGUUUUCGACACUCCACACCUGAUCCAGAGCUUGGCGUCCUAUUCGGAGGAGCAGCAGCAGCAGCAGCAGCAGCAGUCGCCACAACCGGUCCAGCCCAAAGCUGCACACACGGCACUCGACCUCUCCGGGACCAUCUUAUUUCUCCACCUUCAUGCCGCCGCCGACUUCUUCACCACCAACAAGACUUUGAUGCACCAUCCGCCGGCUGUCGACGUCGACAUCAUCCUAGAUCCCUAUCUGGCAAAUAUCCUCCCCGCGUCCCUCCUUCCCACGGCACUUUACAUUCUUGUCUUGGCCAUUCUGUCCUGGUUCCUCUCAGGGGUAAUUUGGAACUUCCUCCAACCUGCCAAGCCCAAGCAGCACACGGACUGAAGGCCAACAUGUCUAGCAAUCGGUCCACUCAGGCCAACUCAUCCAAUCAAGGCGCCGCGAAUGGUCUUGGUACGAGCGGCAAUGACGGCAAUUCUGGCGAUGCUCAGCAAGCGAGCCCGUCGACCACAGUAGCCACUGCAACCCCGGCCGCGCCGCCGUCAGUUCAGUUACAUCCCUUCUACACGCUACCUGUGGAGCUCAUAUUGGACAUCGUCGACUAUCUCCCAGCAGAGGCCUUCAUCAACUUCGCAUUCGCCAACUACCCGAUACUGCAUCACCAUGGUCUGGCGCCGGCGCUUUCGCGACCACGUAUCAUCUAUAUCACGACGCAGACACAGAUACCGGCACUUUUUCCGCUGCUGAGAAUGCCUCCGGAGAUCAUGCUACACAUUAUGCGGAACCUUCGGCCCAUCGACAUCAUGAGGUUCGUCGUCGCCAAUUAUCAAGAUCUCGCACGACAAGGGAUUGCACCACCUAUGACAGAGGAAACAGUGAAUCAGCUCAAGAAUGCUGUCAGGGCGAGGUUAGGACCUGGCAGUUCGAGUCCAGGCGGGUCAGAUCUAGGAUCAGGACCAGGUCGACCAGGUCAGGGUCCCGGAACGGCGACUUGA